AUGGGACAUCAACAUAGGCACCACAGAAAUCCAGCUGAAUUCUUUUUUAGCUUUACGCAGAACCUCUCUGCGGUGCUCUCCGAUCCAGGCCGGUCUCGCUCCGAAGUGAAUACGUUCUUCACCCGACAUUGGGGCGAUUCAUUUGUGCCUCCCACUACUAUACCUCGAUCAAACCUCAUUCCACCUAUCUCAAACCAACAAUUCGUUGCGCAUCAGAAAAACACUGGCAAAGUUUAUAAGAGGUACCAUGCAACUAAAAGAGCGUUGGCUGCUCUUCAGCAACCGUCCACAUGUGGAGAAGGCUCAGACGAUCUGCCGGAGGUGGGUUGCAACAUUUAAUG